GUUUGAAGCAAGAACAGGCAAUAUAAGACGGCAAGAUGAGGCUUCUUCUUCUCACAACAUUUGUAGCCACCGUCUGUUAUGUCAAUGCAGGCAAGAAACAGCGGAUGAUGGCAGCUUUGAACGGAGGAGGAUUGCUGGGAGGUAUGAACGGAGGAGGAUUGCUGGGAGGUAUGAACGGAGGAGGAUUGCUGGGAGGUAUGAACGGAGGAGGACUUCUGGGAGGUAUGAACAGAGGAGGAUUGGGAAACCCUGGGCUGAUGGCUGGAGGCCUGAACCCACCCGUGGUAGCUGGUGGUGGGGCAGGUUUGAUUGGGCAGCCCCAGUUUGCUCAGUUUGUUCCUGGUCUUCCUGCUUUUGGUGCCCCCAUUCCAAAUAUGUUCCCUGUACCUGCAAUCAACAUGCAACUUCCUUUUACUGGAGUCCCUCAAAUGGCACCAAUGAAUCCUGUCCAGCAACCUCUGAUGGCGCUCACAGGUGGCGCCGGGCAACCCCCCCAGCCUGAUCUGCUCCAACGAUUCAGGCGUCAGCUUAUGAAACAGGAAAACACGUUGAAGACCACUGUGGAUACUCAGAUUCCAGCUCCUCCUGAAACAACAACAACUCCCUGUGAUGAUGAUCAUAAUAAUUAAGAUGCCACUGUUAACAACAGCUUUUAAUGAAAUAUACAAGAACUAUACAAUAUGAUAAUAAACCUGCCUUAAAUGAUUUUGCCUUUCACAAAUGACCAUGGAUGCUGCGUGUUUUAUGCACUUUGUGAUGUAUUAUAUAGAAACUGAGCUGUAGCAUUAAUCUCAGUUAAAACCAAA